CCUAACCCUCCUAAACCUCCUAAACCUCCUAAACGUGCUAUCGAUUAGGCCGUCUAUCGUUAUCUGAUCCAGGGGAUUCGUUCUCUCAUUCUUCCGACCUCGAACCAGGAGCAUCCCAUUCUCAACCUUCAAAGACUUAUAAGUUUGAUUUCUCCUUCUCCUUCCCCAUUCUUCUUUUAUCCGUUCAAUCCCCUCGAAAACUUGAUAAUAUUAUUUGCGACACGAUGGCAGACACCGGGGCCGCGACGUACUCGACCGACCCCGCUCUAUAUAUCUACACGUCUCUUACGGCCGGGUCUUCUCACAUCGUGACGGCUACUUCGCGAUUGGAGACCAUCCUAAGAGCCAAUAAGGUGCCCUUCAAGGCCCUGGAUAUCGCUGUUGAUGAUAAGGCACGUAUGAUAUGGAGUCGAAGGGCUGGCAAGGAUGCAUCUGGACGACAACGCAAGCUUCCCGGUCUGGUACAAAUGGGCCUGGUUUUAGGCGAUCUAGUAGAGAUCGAGGAGUGGAACGAGUACGGCGAACUGAAACAAAAUGUCACCAUCUACUACGACGACUUCACCAUCCCGCCCAAGAGUCAGGCGCCUCCACCACCUGCCCCUAAAGUUAAGAAGCCAGCCGCCAAAUCAACCCCUGCCCCUGCGGCGGGCGCUUCCGCACCACCACCGCUACCCGAAAACGAUAAGACGAAGGCAACAGCGUCAUCCACAAGCAAAUCCGGAGUAGCAGCCAAAGCAGCUAGCACCGCCGAACCCGUCCGUAGUAUUGCUGAGGAGGCCGCGGCGAAAGCGAAGCAGGUGCAUCUGGAUAGCUUGCGAGCUAAGGUCUACGGGAAGAAAGAUAAGGACGCUAAGGAGAGCGAGGACGUUAAGAAGUCAGACGACAAAGACACCAAGGAGAACAAGGAGGAGCCUAAGGAAGAGCUCAAGGAAACCAAAGAGUUGGUGAGCAAGACUACCGAAAAAUCAGAAGCCGAGGAUAUUAAGAAACCCGAUACUACUGAAGCAAAGGGCGUCAAGGAUACGAAGGACACCAAGGCUGUCAAGGACACCAAAGAUACCAAGAAAACAGAUGCCAAAGACACCAAGGACACCAAGAAAGUAGACAGUAAGGAUGCUAAAAAACCCGAGAGCAAAGAUACCAAGAAGCCCGACACCAAGGAUGUCAAGAAAGUAGAAAAGAAGGAUCCUAAGAAACCAGAGGCCAAAGAGGUCAAGAAGCCAGAAACCAGGGUUAUCAAGAAGACGGACACCAAGGACGUUAAGAAAUCCACUGCCACCGCCAGUACUAGCUCUAGUGCUAGGAAGGCCACCACCACCACUACUACCACUACAGCCUCGUCCAGAGCUAAGGCGGCAGCGGCAGCGGCAGUAUCCAAGCCUAAAGUAACGACUUCCAAAGCAACCCCCUCGAAAGCAGCCCCGUCGAAAGCAACUCCUUCGAGAACAAUUCCUUCAAGAGCAACUCCCUCAAAAGCUACUCCUGCCAAGACGACUCCUAAAAUAGUCCCGAUCAAGCCUAAGACUACGACUACAUCAUCUAGAACUACUUCUACAUUGGCUAAGCCUAAGGCUACGAUAUCAACCCGCUCGGCUGCCGAAAAGCUAAGCAAGCUGAAGAUAUCGGAUAAAGAUAAGGAAAUAUCGGCAGGCGAAGCGGCCCUGCGGUCGCCGACGGCAGCGUCAUGGCGCGAGACUACCCCGACGGAAGAGGACGUGCUGCGCCCCAUGCUGCAAAGCCCGACAACCGGGUCGUGGAGGGCAGACGGCACCGGCGCGACUCCUAACAUAACCGAACUUCUCCACGGUGCCGUCGUGGAGGAGGUGCCUCCCGAGGAAAUCGCCGAGAUCGAGAAGGCCGAGGCGAUUCCCGAGGCGACUAGUACGGAGGAGGAAGAUAGUGAAGAUGAGGAGGACGACGACGACGAAGAGGAGAAAAAGGAGGGCGAGGACGAAGAGGAAGAAGACGAUGACGAGGAUGAAGACGAGGAUGAAGAAGAGGACGACGACGACGACGACGACGACGAUGAGGAGGAGACGGAUGAGGAGGAAGGCAAGGGAAAGGGAAAAGUUGAAGCCAAGAAAUAAUCAAUCAACUUUAUAGCAUUCAAUACGUCGACGAUGCCGGCGAGUUUUCACUUCACUUUUCACUUUCCACUUCCACUUUCCACUUAAUACUGCUUUUCAGCAGACCAUAGGGGCGGGGGUGCUAAUUAGAUACCAAAUUUGCGAAGGAGAAGACAAAAUAAAUAAAGACCAACUAUCGAUUAUUAUUAUUAUUAUUAUCAUCUUAAUCUGCGAGAACUUUAAUAGCGGUACACGGUAACUGUUUAUUAUUGUAUCGACGACGGGAACACUUCCUUUUCUUCUUUCUUCUUAGACUAGUGGCACGUUAUUAUAAUAGUUAAUACUUAAUAGUUAACAGUAGAUAUAUAUAUCUCUCUCUUUUAUACUAACCUAACCUAGUAACCUACCUAUAAAUACCCUUCCGGAUAUACUAUACUACUAUACUACUU